AUGGCCAAGUACAGUCAGCAGAAUCGAAGCGAUGGAGUGCAGGUGGAGGCCUGGUCGCGGGGCAUUAUGGUGGCACUGUAUCGGGUGGCUCGACUGCUGUCGCUCAUCUCCUUUCGCCUGGAUCGCGAAGAAUUGCAGCUGAAGCUGUCAAAGAGUGGCAGCAGAAACAGGAUCCUGGAGACUGUCUGGCGCAUCCUGGUGAUACUGACCUAUGCGGGUGUCUGGCCACAACUAUCCGCGCACCAGAUCACCAGCCAGCCGGAAAGCUAUGCGGAUCUAUUUGUCUCAUUGCAGUCCCUGUCGGUGUCCAUUCUGGCAGUGCUUUCCUUCAUCAUUCAGGCCAAGGGCGAGGACAAGUUCCGCACGGUGCUCAAUCGCUACUUGGCGCUGUAUCGCCGCAUCUGUGCGGUGACUGGCGUUAGUCAGCUCUUUCCCAUGAAGUUCAUUGUGUAUUUCCUGCUCAAAUCGCUGCUGACAAUUGGUGGCUGCGUGCACGAGCUGCCGCCGCUGCUAAAGGCGGAACACUUUGCCGACGUUGGCCGCAGCGUGGCCGUCAUCGUGGGCAUCUACAUGUGGCUGGGCACCCUCUUUGUGCUCGAUGCCUGCUUCAUGGGCUUCCUGGUCUCCGGCAUUCUGUACGAGCACAUGGCCUCCAAUAUCCAGCUAAUGUUGCAGCGCAUGCAGAUCAUAGAGUGCCAGGAUACGGCCGUCCGGCUGAGCAACUACCAGCGGAUGCGACUCCUUUGCGACUAUGCCGACGAGCUGGACGAGCGUGCCGCCAUCUACAGUGAGCUGUACGAGGUGACGAUCGCCUUUCGCCGCAUGCUGCAGUGGCAGAUCCUCUUCUAUGUGUACUACAACUUCAUCAGCAUCUGCCUGAUGCUCUACCAGUGCAUUCUGUCGUAUCUGAACGCGAAUGAGCUGGCUCUGGUCUCGCUGGCAGUGGCCACCAUUAAGCUUCUCAAUCUCAUUCUGCUGAUCAUGUGCGCGGACUACGCUGUCCGGGAGUCGCAGAAGCCCAAUAGGCUGCCCCUCGAUAUUGUCUGCACCGAUAUGGAUCAGCGUUGGGAUAAGAGUGUGGAAAUAUUUCUCAGCCAAAUGCAAACGCAGCGACUGGAGAUCAAAGUUUUGGGCUUCUUUCAUCUGAACAACGAGUUUAUAUUGCUAAUUCUAUCUGCCACGAUAUCGUAUCUGUUUAUACUGAUACAGUUUGGCAUUACGGGCGGUUUCGAGGCAUCCGAUGAGGUACGCAAGCAGUUCAAUGAGUAAAAAUAUCAUCCUCUUACUGCUUGCUCUUCUCUUCCCCUGAGUGGUAGCGCUGCUCCAUUACCUGGGUUCACCUUCAGCUACCGAGUUCAUUAUCGUUCAUUAUAUCUCUCGUACCACAAAAGUUCUGAUACAAUUUUUGGGAGUGCUUUGAGGAUGAGCUCGUUAAGAACCAAAAGAAA